AUGACUGACAAGGAUUCUGAAGUAAAACGAGGAAGAUUUACGAGAAAAAGUUCAGGACUGACUGGUGAUAUAUCACGAAAUUAUCGCAAGCACGGCCGUAAAGGAAAGAAACGUCUACAUACUAGCAGUAAAGUCGGUACCAAUGAUGUUGAAAGAUUUAACAAUACAGCAGCGCUUUUGCGUUGCUCGGGACUUCUUCAAAUCACAAAGAGUAUUUCUCAGCUCGUAAAUGAUAACCAGAAAUUACAAACUGAGAUUGACAAACUACAACAAGAAACGACCGAUCAUAGCCGGCAGUUGAGGAAGCAACUUCAGAAAAAACUCGAAGCGGAGAACGAGACGAGUGGGUCGUGCAAUCCGGAUGGCCACAAGCUACUCACGAAACUUUCGCAGUCUUUGCUUCAAUGGGACUAAAGAACUUUGCAUUUUUUAAAAUUAGUAUCUUCCUAAAGUUAUCCUGUGAAUGGAACCUCGUAUGGCAUCGUCAGCGUACGUCAAUCAAAGACGGAGAACUUCGCAAAGCUCUGAUCAGAAACUACAUCGCGAAGUAAUACAGUCUCAAGUGUUCAUAAGAAAUAUAGUUUAACUUUUUUAUAAUAACUAUUCUACUAUACAUUAUUUGUUGUUCGGGAUGGGAGUUAAUUCCCUUUUACUCCUGCGCGUGCCUAUGGAUACUUCGUCAGGGUUUAACACAUGCAUGCCACCGGUAGAAUAGAUCAAUUUGGAGGACACAGCAUCGUUUUUUGUUUGCCUGAGAGCAGGAAACUUUGCAAAUGAUAUUAACCAAAUACAAACGGAAAAGACAAACGAGACGAGGCAGGGGUGAGGCGGAGCGGAGGGGAGGGGGAGGCGGGAAGUCGUCAGCUUUUCGUUUAGCAUCGUAGCCUGUGUACAGACGUCCCCCACUCCCUCAGAAAAAAAUCGGUUUUCCUGAGGGAGGGGGGACGUCUGUACACAGGCCUUAACAUCGACGACGGCGACGGCAGCAAAAACGUCACUUUUAAAAUGAGUUUGCGUUUUUUCAAACUUUGUCGCCUUUAUUCCUGUUCACCGAAAAAGUCAAAUGUAAGCGUAUUUCCUUUGAGUUGAUUUCUUGGGGAGGCCCAACUCAAGUUUAAACAGACAAAGACAAAUUCGUCCUCCCUUGUUUACGUCCUCCAACAUGAAAUUAGGUAUUUUCACGUCAUAGUCGUGCAGUGAUGGCAAAGAAAUGUACAAAAGAGCGUGUUGUGCAGAAUUGUUGUUUCGCUGAUCUAAACCUAUUGCUUUUUCGAAGUUCUCGUUGCCGUCGCCGUCGAGCGGCCCCUGGUAUAUGCUAAUAUCAAGGUUAAACAUUUGUAAAUGUGGCAGUAAGUUAUUCAAGGUGUAGAGUGAAGGUUAUGAAGCGAAUGACUCGAUGAUAUUCAAAGUAAUAAAAAUUAUCACUGUUGAUUCCGCUUUUUUUUGUAUCUUGACGUAAGUUUUCCAUGUUCCAAGUUAUGCAAGGUUGCCACAGAUGGCGCCAUACUGCAGAGCCUUCGUUAAUACUUGAUCAUUCGAGGUGCUGGCCAAAAGGAUUCCUAAUUAUUGUAGUCCAAGAAAAAUAAAAUUACAAAUCCCCGUCUAGCAUUUCACCCUUUAGACUAAAUUUAAAGCAAAACAACUAUUAUUUGUUAUUGGUAAAGCUGGAAUGAAUAAAAACCUUACGACUUUACUUUCAACACCAAAUAUUCUACAAUCCUCCC